AUGCUUAAGGUGGCUUGCCUCAUGUUGAGCUUCGCAGUCAACGCACUGCCGGCCGCCGAUCUCACUUCGACAGAAAUCGAACUCACCCCGACCGGCCGCGGUACCACGUUUGCCACCAUGACGUGCGACUUAUGCAGCAAUGCGGCCCCUUUCAACAACGUCGACUACGUGCUGUUCGGCUACAAUGCGACGGGGGGGAAUCCGACGGGCAACACAGUCGACCCCGGAUUUAAGAGUCGCACCCCGAUCUUCGUGGGAACGUAUAACCAGCAGCUCGAAACGAAGGACAAAAAGCACCUCGUGCUCGACGGCUUCUCGGCGCAGUUGGUGCAUUCGUGCUCGACCGCGUUCCGCUCAGAGGUAGCCGACUCGGUGGAGGAGUACGAGAAUGAGCUCAGCACCAUGUUUGGGGCGUCGGGCGGGUACGCGGGCUUCGAGUUCUCGGCGGCGACGGAGUACACGGAGCGCACCGAGCAGAUGAUCGCCGAGCACAUGACGCGGGUCGAGAGCUCCGCAGAGUGCCUGCGGUACAAGGUCAGCCAGAACGCCGACGCACCCCCGCAAACGACCGAGGGGUUCAAGGCGAGCGUUGCCGGGCUCGGUAGCGAUGAAGAGGGCUACUUCGGCUUGUUCGACAAGUACGGCACCCACUAUACCACAAGCGUCACCUUCGGCGCGCGGCAGGGCUACUCCGCGCUGAUCACGAAGUCGGCGCGGGACACGCUCCAAGCACAAGGCAUCAACGUGGAGGUCGCCGCGGAAUACGAAGGGACCUUCAGCGCCGGUGGCAACGUAGGUGUCGGCUGGGAAGACGAACACCGCAAACAGCUCAGUCGUGCGCUCACGGAUAAGGAAGUGUUCACGAUCGGCACACGGUGGGAAUCGGACUCGGAGAUAUGGGCGCAGCAGGCGGACAUAAAGGCGAUGCCGGUCCAUUACGAGCUCGCCUCGGUGUGCGACCUGCUGAGCGACCCAGCCAAGAACGCAGCGUGCAAGGACGCGUACUUUGGCAAGGACCAGGCGUACUGCAAGAAGCGGGUGCACCCGAACGAGCCGUGCCUGUGCGACAAGACGUGCGGGUUCGUCCGCCCGUCGCCCGUCGGCUCGUGCGGGCCGAGGAAGAAGGGGAUCGGCUACAUCAACAUGCCAAUGGCGGACUGCUCGGCGAUGGGCGGGAACCCAUCGGCGACGUCAGGCUGGGUCGAUUGCCAGUUCGACUGGUGCACCAAUGGCCUCUACUCCGCGGCGAAACCGGGCACGUGUGGUAACAACAAGAAGGGGUACGGCAUCGUCAACAUGCUUGCUGCAGACUGCCGUAGAAUAGAGGGUGCAAUGAACGGCAACCCCAACGACAACGCGUGGACUGCGUGCCACCUGGACUGGUGCGUCUCGCCGCCCGCCCCCGUCGACUACCACGCAGAUUGCCCUGUUUGGGCUGGCCUCAUGUAUUGCGUUGUAUUGUAUGAAGUGUGGAUGCGCCAGUACUGUGCAGCGUCGUGCGGCGAGGGCACGGGAUACGUUGUCGGCCAGUACGCUGCAGCUCCUGGUCGAGGUGGCGAGUGCCGUGCUCCGGAAAACAAGAAGGCGUACGGCUGGAUCAAAUCGUGGGGACGGGACUGCGAGGCUAUGGGCGGCAAGGUGAACGGGUCCCCUCAAUUGCACGAGGAGACUUGGUGCCAUCUGGACUGGUGCCCUCAGCCGUGA